ACCCUUAGCGCAUUAAUACUACAAAAGAACGAACCGAAUUUAUAGUUCUGUAUUUAUGCUCGUACUUAUGAGAAAACCACUGGCUAAAAAGAUCGUCUGUCAAAUGCAAGUGUCAACGGUUCGUAUAUUCUUGAUUUGAUAGACAACGCUACAAAAGUGAUAUACAAACGACAUUGCUGAAGGAUUCUUUUUUAUAAAGUUCCAGUAUUUACUGAUUAAGAAGACACUGUUCGCCUGCUUCAAACCCAACGAAGACAUAUUAAAAUGACGAAAAAGUUCAUCGUAGUAGAUUAUGACGGCGGUAAAUCUGAAGAGCCAAAACUUGCCUUUGAAUCUGUUGGUUUAGACAGUGCUUUAGAAAAAUUCGAGAAACUGAAAACCGCAAACCAGACCAGAAGCGUCGUCCUUUUCAAUACACUGUCAGGAGAAGUAAAGAAAAUCGCCAUUCUUGGUGAACCUAUUUAUCUCGCAAAAGCUUUAACAUUUGCCAGGACAUUUGUUCAAAAUAAAUCUUUAUUAACAAAACUUAAUGAAGGAGCGGCUAAAGCAGCCGCUGGUGCUGUUAUUGGUGAAAUAGCUAAGGCUAUUGCUGGAGGACCUAUCCCAGGUGUGGGUGGCGUUGUUCUUGGACAUUUCAUUGCUCCUUAUUACGCCUUCAAAGGUGACAAUGUCGCGGUGGCUAAAGCAGCAUCGGGGAUGUAUGGAGGCCUAUCAGGAGCUGUUAUUGGAUUCGUGGUGGGCGGUCCUAUCGGAGCAGUUGUUGGAGGAGCAAUUGGCGGUAUCGGCAUGGCUGAAGGUGCCGGCGCUAUUGUUAAAGUUUCAACAAAACAUCCAAAGUGCGAGACUUGCUCGGGGACAGGUUUGGUAGAUUACUAUGAAGUUUGCAAAAAAUGUAAGGGAUAUGGAUAUAGAAAAUAAAUGACGUAUAAGUAAAAACAAUUUGUAUUAAACAAAAGUUAAAAUUGCUAAUAUUAUUUUGUUCAAAUUUUAGACAUGCGGUAUUGUUUUCUCUGUAAAAUCAAGAUAGAAUGUAUUAAAUAAUUUGAUGUCAUUUAUUUUAUUAUAUCUAACAUUGUUUGGUUUUUUCUCUUCUACAAUUUUGAAAUUCUGACUUAAUCACUUUUAAUAGAUCACAUAUGCAUUACACGCAUAGCAUAUAUCCUAUUAUUUUCUAUGGGUAUAACCCUGAUAACAUUUACAAAUGGCGUGUAUCGCUCCUGAUGAAGAUAUGGUACACGUUAAC